AUGUUGGGGCAGAGUACCCGGAGGUUCACAACCUCUGUGGUGCGUAGCAGCCACUAUGAGUUGGGCCCUGGGAAGAGUUUGCCGUUUUCUAUGGAAAACAAGUGGUGGGUGCUAGAUAUGAUGACCUUGUACUUUGGAUCUGGUUUUGCAGCACCUUUCUUAAUAGUGAGACACCAACUGCUUAAGAAAUAA